AUGUUUAAAAAUCUGAAAGAGAAACAUGCGGGCUUGUUCGAGUCGAAAAAACCGGAGGACUCCAAGAGCAAUGACGGACAGGAUCUGACGUCAAUUCUCGACCGGUCGCAACGUGCCGACCUCACCGUGUUGGUCGCUGAAAUUGCUGAAUCCAUGCGCGUUGGCCUUCUAGAGGUCUUUGAGAAUCCUCAAAAGAUAUCUCAAAAUGAUACUCCCCCAAGUCGAACCCCGGUUCGCGAGGAGAGUGAUGAGUCCGCGCUAUCACUACCUCCGAGGCCUCAGGGUACUUCACCUUCGGACAAGGCAGUGAAGCGAAAGCCAGCCCCAACCCCUGAAAAGGCGGCAUUCCCACCCCGCGCUAGAGAAGCAGCACUGUCCCAAUUCGAAGACUGGCGAGAUGCUGUAUUGCUACGGAUUGGCGAAGUCGUCAAUAAAGAUGCCGAGAAUGAAGAACAGCGACAGAGCAGCCCACUCCCGGAAGAGUCGGAAAGUCUUCAAUUGAACGAAGAUUCGAAAAGGAAAGAGAAAUUACGCGAGAUCUACCAUCCCAUGGAAACACCUUUGCUUCAUCUUCCGAAGUCGACCAGAUUACUUAUUCUACACUCACUUCUCCUGUUGUUGCUCAGUCUAAAGCAUUAUAGCGCCCAUUCCCGGGUUCUGCUACUUCAUGUCUCAUCCAGUCUCGACAUUGACGUCGAUAUACUAAACGAAGAUGAGGUUAAGGUUGCCCGGGGCCUUCUAGAUACUGCAUUGGCCCUUGCUUCGGAGCCCGAUGCUAAACCACAGCCCAAGAAACCAGACGGUUCCCGGAAAUGGAAGGUCGGAAUCGCCUCGGUUGCAGGUGCUGCUCUGAUAGGCAUAACUGGUGGCCUUGCUGCGCCAUUGGUAGCUGCUGGACUUGGAACGAUCAUGGGUGGACUGGGACUUGGCGCGACUGCGGCUGCUGGUUACCUGGGUGCCCUGGCUGGCAGCGGUGUUGUUGUCGGCGGUCUUUUUGGUGCCUAUGGAGGACGCAUGACUGGUCGCAUGAUGGACAACUAUGCGCGUGAAGUUGACGACUUUGCUUUCAUUCCGAUUCGAGGAUCGCGCAAGCGGACGGAGAAGGAAACCGAAUCUGCGAAACAGGAUCAUCGACUUCGGGUCACUAUUGGAGUCACUGGAUGGCUUAAGGAAGAAGAAAAUUUUGUAGUCCCUUGGCGAGUAAUUGGGGCGAACUCUGAAGUGUUUGCGCUACGCUGGGAGACGCAACCCUUGCUGAAACUUGGAAAUGCGAUCUCUGCGCUUGUCACCAGUGCAGCAUGGUCUGUUGCCGGGCGAGAGGUUUUGGCCCGCACUGUUUUCUCAACCAUCAUGAGUGCUGUGAUGCUUCCUCUUGGUCUGUUGAAGGUUGCUGGCAUUGUUGACAACCCAUUUAGCGUUGCCAAAUCCCGGGCCGAUAAAGCGGGCGAAGUCCUAGCUGAUGCCUUGAUUGACAAAGUGCAAGGCGAGCGACCUGUCACUUUGAUCGGAUACUCUUUAGGAUCACGUUUGAUUUUCUCUUGUCUCCAAAGUUUGGCAAAAAGAGGCGCGUAUGGCUUGGUUGAGAAUGUCAUUUUGAUGGGUUCUCCAACUCCAUCAAAUGGUGAGCAUUGGCGCCGCAUUCGCAGCGUCGUGAGUGGGCGAGUUGUCAAUGCUUUCUCGGAAAAUGACAAUGUACUGGCCUUCCUUUAUCGAACGAGCAGUCUUCAGCUUGGAAUUGCCGGGCUACAGCCUGUCGAAAACGUACCAGGCGUUGAGAACAUUGACGUGAGCGAUAUGAUCAGCGGCCAUCUCCGAUAUCAAUUCUUGCUUGGAAAGAUCAUUUCUUCAAUUGGACUCCAAGAUCUUGAUAUGCGCGAGAUUAAACGUGAGGAGGCUGCUCUGGCAGUGGAGGAUGAGAAACUGGAUCAGGAAAGAAUCCAAAAUGAGCGCGAAGCGGGUGUGAAAGACCGCAAUUCAUCGACUGCCAACGAGACCCUCAAUAGCCAGGACGGAUUCGGAGAAGAGACGCGAAUGAAAGACCAAGUCGAGAGCCAAACUGAAGAACAUGUGACGAAUCAUCGAAUUCAAAUGAUGGACCUGGACGAUGCGGAUUAUUCUUCUCCGCUAGUUGAUCAGACUGGAAAGCAUUCUGCGCUGUAA